UCCAAGCCUGCGCUUGAAACCAUCGCAAUCGCAGCGCAAAGCUUCCUCCUCCCCCUGUAGCCCGCAACCUCCUGUUCCAGAGCAGUAGCUCCGCCUCGUCGGCUGUUAGAUUUUGAUCCCGCUGCCCGAGCCAUGACGAAGCACGCUGCCUUCGCCGCCGCAGACGCGGUCACCGCCGUAGCGGCUCCGGCGCCGGCGGGGCGGCAUUUCUCAUUGUUCCCGCCGCCGAGGGGCGCGCGCGACUGCAAGAAGAACGCCGCCGUCCACAUGGACCUCGCCGCCGCCGGCGUCGUCAUGGGCGGCUCCUGGAACGACUCCAUGAAGGCCUCCUCGCCGCGCCACGCCGCCGACGCGGAGCACGGCGACUGGAUGGAGAAGCACCCGUCGGCAUUGACUUGGUUCGAGUCGGUCCUCGCCGCGGCGAAGGGGAAGCAGAUCGUGAUGUUCCUAGAUUACGACGGUACCCUGUCGCCGAUCGUGGAGGACCCCGACUGCGCCGUCAUGUCCGAGGAGAUGAGAGAUGCGGUGAGAGGUGUCGCCGAGCACUUCCCCACCGCGAUCGUGAGCGGAAGGUGCAGAGACAAGGUGUUCAACUUUGUGAAACUGGCCGAGCUGUACUACGCCGGGAGCCACGGCAUGGACAUCAAGGGACCCAUCGCGCAGUCCAAACACGUCCAGGCAAAAGCAGUUCAUUACCAAGCGGCGAGCGAGUUCCUGCCGGUCAUCGAGCAGGUUUACCGCACGCUGACGGCCAAGAUGGAGUCGAUCCCCGGCGCCAAGGUGGAGAACAACAAGUACUGCCUCUCCGUCCAUUUCCGCUGCGUCCAGGAGGAGGAAUGGGAUGCCGUCGACGAGCAAGUCAGGUCGGUGCUGAAGGAGUACCCGGACCUCAAGCUCACUCAUGGCAGAAAGGUCUUGGAGAUUCGCCCGUCCAUCAAGUGGGACAAGGGCGAGGCACUUGCGUUCUUGCUCGAGUCUCUUGGCUACACGGGGCGUAAUGACGUCUUCCCGAUAUACAUUGGAGAUGAUCGCACCGACGAGGACGCCUUCAAGGUUCUGCGCAACAUGGGGCAGGGCGUGGGGAUCCUGGUGUCCAAGUUUCCAAAGGAGACGGCUGCAUCCUACUCGCUGCGUGAUCCUGCCGAGGUCAAGGAGUUCCUUCGCAAGCUGGUGAAGUCCAAGUGCGGAGCGCCUAAGAUCUAGUGGAUGUUGUAACUAGCUACUCGAGCUCAGACAUGGAUGGCGAGCAAGAAGUGUCGUCUCUUUUGCUGUUUCUUUUUGUUCUAUUAUGCCAUAGUCUAGAACAAUGCAUGCAUGGUCGAUAUACAAGACCGUCGAGAAACCAAGAUAGGCCUUGUCUUCGAAGGUCCCUAUUAAUGUAUCCUUCUGGCAAGGUCUUGUAAUUAGCCUUUGCUGUGACAGAGAAU